UUAAAGGUGAGGGACAGACAAAGUGAGAUGAAUAAUCAUGAGCUUUCUUUCUUCUCUUCUCACCUCUUGUUACAGUCUGGAUUUUCCUGCCUGUACACAUCCCUCCUCGCUCUCGCCUAGUUAUUCCACAAGCCUCCACUUUCACUUUUCUUCCUGGAACCAGGGCUCAGUGUGGCCCCCCAGCUCAGAUUAGACCCCCAUGGAUCCACUGCAGAAAUGGGAUCCAAUGUCAAUUUCUGUGCCCUCCCGCAUAGCCACUGUGACGAGCUCCCAAGAGGCCUCAACAGCCCCUCAGCCUUCCUCUUCAGAAAAGCUAAGCAUGGGCCUCAGCAUCCUCAGUAUCAACCCCAGCCCCAGUUCCAGUGUCCCUGCUCCUCUGUCAGAGCGGCUGUUCCAGCAGCAGGCCCGGGAGAAGGCGGCUCUGUGGCAGCAGUACUGGGAGAAGCAGGGCUUUCCUCAGAGGAAGAAAGUCUUCCUGAGGCACUCGAGACGCUGGCACCGGGAUCACAUGGCCCCUUACCUGCUUGAAAGAGAUGUCAGAGGCUUUCCCUCAGGCAACAAAGCUCAGAAUCAGCUUCAAUGCCAGAGCCACGUGCAGAAUGUUGCUGUGAUGAGUGGGCCGAGGAACGCAGCCCCCAACCCUCCCUCCUGGGAAAUGUUGGUGCAGGGCCUCAAUGGCCUCACCCUCAGCCUGGGAGCCAACAGAGGAUGUGGACAUAAACUGGCCACCAGCUGCAGGGGUCAUUGGUUUUGA